UGGGGUCGAGUUGUGAUUGUUAAGUUUUCUUCCGUUGCCGUUCUGUUUAGCGUUUGAAUUUGAGGUGGCUGAAAAUAUUUUGCUAUAUAAUACCUUUAAAUAAUCAUGAAGCUUGUCAGGUUUCUGAUGAAACUCAGUCACGAAACUGUUACAGUAGAGCUGAAAAAUGGGACGCAGGUGCAUGGCACGAUUACAGGAGUGGAUGUCAGCAUGAAUACACAUCUGAAAGCUGUAAAAAUGACAGUGAAGAACAGAGAGCCUGUUCAGUUGGAGACUUUAAGCAUUCGAGGAAACAAUAUCCGUUACUUCAUACUGCCAGACAGUUUACCUUUGGACACGUUACUUGUUGAUGUUGAGCCAAAAGUAAAAUCAAAGAAAAGGGAGGCUGUUGCUGGUCGUGGCAGAGGGAGAGGCAGAGGGAGAGGAAGGGGAAGAGGAAGAGGCAGAGGCGGCCCAAGAAGAUAACUUGCUAUUCUAGCAAUGGAAUGAUAAACAUGACAUAAAUCUAUUUUUUUUGUUUUUUUAUUGAGUGUUUUGUUUUUCUUUCUAGCAAAGCCAGGUAGAUUAAAUGUAUUCAUCCUCACAUUUUUGUGGUUGGCACCCAUCCAUUUUAUAGGGUGUACAUUGGUAUUUUACAGCAGCUUACCAGCGUAGGCUUUGAAUUGACUUCGGUGGGUUGCCUUUCCCCUACGUUCUAAAGUGGGUUGUAUUUAACUUUGUCAUAGUUUUGCAGAAGGUCAGUUUAUUUGCUUGACUAAGCCAAUAAGUAAAACUAACUUAUCCUAGGGUUAUAAUGGACAAUUUCAAUUUUAGUGUGUGUGUGUGUGUACUAUAGUUAAGACUCUGAUCUUUCUCCAAUUGCCUGUUUAACUCUAUUGCAUCAUCCAUUGGUGCUCAUUCAUUGUCUUGUUCAUCUUAUUAAUCUUCCUGUAUUAAUAAAACACAAUAUGGCUCUUUUCCAAUGAUGGAAAAA